AGAUGGAGCUUCACUGACCCCCCCCCGCUGUCCCCUCCAGGCUGGGAAGGUGACACAGGAACCGCCGCGAGGUCCGACGGGCGAGGGCAGAGGAUUCCUGGGGCGGAUCCGGGCGGGACCUUCCUCCCGACAAGAUGGAGAAGGAGGAGGAGACGCGGGAGAUCCUGCUGCCCAACUGGCAGGGCAGCGGCUCCCACGGCAUCACCAUCGACCAGACCGACGACGGCGUCUUCGUCAAGCGCGUCCAGCAGAACUCCCCCGCCGCCCGCAUGGGCGUCGUCAAGGAAGGGGAUCAGAUUGUGAGUGCCACCGUCUACUUCGACAACCUGCAGUCCGGGGAGGUGGCGCAGCUGCUGCAGACCAUGGGCCACCACACCGUGGGACUGCGGCUGCAGCGCCGUGGCGACCGCUCCCCCCUGCCCGGCCAGCCCUGGGCGCACGACGCGUUCGCCGCCGGCAGCCCCGAGGUCGUGCUGAGCGGAGAUGACGAGGAGUACAGGAGGAUUUACACCACCAAGAUCAAGCCCCGGCUGAAGUCGGAGGAAGGGGCGGACGCCGAGGGCGGGGGGACGCAGAGCAGGACCAUCACGGUCACCAGGAAGGUCACGGCCUACACCGUGGACGUCAGCCGGCACGGCGGCGCCGGCGACCUCAGCGCCGCGGGGACCGACCUCGACAUCCGAGUCCCGAGCCCGGGACUCGCCCUCGGCGCCGACGGAGAGCCCGGGAAAACCCGGCUGCCAACGGGAGAGCUGAGGACUCAGCCAGAGAGCCAAAUUCCUGGUGGAGAAACUGGAAAAGCCGUCCCCCUGGAGAUGCCGGCGGGCUGGAAAGGCUCCGGUGCCUUCCCGGGGUCACCCAGGGUUGAAACCAACGGACAGAUGGGAGAGCUGGAGGUGGGAUUCCACGUCAAGGGGCCCAGGGUGGACGGGAAAGGACAAACCCUGUGUCUCCAGGGAGAGGUCGACGGCUCUCCGCCGCCCGUGGACGUGGGGAAGAUCAAGAUUCCCGCAUUAAAAAUCCCCAAAUUCGGGUUCCAGGCUGGCGGCGGCGAAGCUCCGGUCCCCCCGGCGGGCACCGACACCAACAUCACCUGCUCACCUGUCCAGGUGACGGGCCCUGGGCUGUCACCCCCCUCAGCCACAGCCGGGAAGGUCCCCUCCCCUCAACUGGGCGUCCCCGGCGUCGGCAUCGACGGCCCCGGCGCGGAGCUCACGGCUCACGGCGCCGACGGCGCCAAGGGGAAGGUCAAGAUCCCGCACGUGACCUGCCCCAAAUUCACCGCCCUGGACUCGCGGGGGGACGGCCCCGCCCUGGAAAUCGGGGUCCCCAAGGGCGAGGCGGCCGUCGAAGGAGGGUGGAAAGGCCCCGCCUUCAAGAAGGUGGAGACGCCCCAAAUCUCCCUGUCCGACGUGAACUUGAGCCUGAAAGGCCCCCAGGCCAAGGGGGACCUGGGGGGGGUCACCGGCCCCAAGGUGGGGGGGGACCUCCCGGGACUCGGCCCCAAGGGGCUCCAGGUGGACGUGAAGGCGCCCGAGGUGGAAUUCGGGGGUCGCGUGAAGGGCCCCAACGUGGACGUCGGCGCGAAGGGGCCGAAGGGGGAGGUGGACGUUUCCAUCCCGACCGUGGGCGGCGACUUCAAAGGGCCCCAACUGGAGCUUAAAGGCCCCGCGGGGAAGACGCCGGAGCUGCACGUCCAGACCCCCCAGAUCUCGAUGCCCGACGUCGACCUGAACCUCAAAGGUCCCGGAGUGAAAGGAAAUCUGGACGUUUCCAAGCUGGAAGGGGAGCUGAAAGCCCCCGGGCUCGACAUCAAAGGCCCCAGAGUUGACGUUGGGAGCCCAGAGCUGGACGUCCAAGGUCCUGAGGGCAAACUGAAGUUCCCCAAGCUGAAAAUGCCCAAAUUUGGGGUGAAGGGAGAGACCCCCAACGUCGAGGUGACUCUUCCCAAGGGGGAGGUGGACAUUUCUGGCCCCAAAGUGGACAUUUCUGCCCCCAAAAUGGACAUUUCUGGCCCCAAGGUUGACCUGAAGGGCCCCAAGGUGGACGUUUCUGGCCCCAAGGUGGACGUCGAUGUCCCGAGCGUGGACAUCAAGGGUCCCAAAGUUGACAUCGAGGCCCCUGACGUGGACAUUCACGGCCCAGAGGGGAAGUUCAAGAUGCCCAAGUUCAAGAUGCCCAAGUUUGGGAUGCCCGGGGUCAAGGCUGAAGGCCCCGAGGUGGACGUGACCCUGCCCAAGGGGGGCGUUGAUGUUUCCCUGCCAAGCGUGGACAUCCAGGGGCCCGAAGGCAAAGUGAAGGUGCCCGAGAUGAACAUCAAGGCCCCCAAGGUCUCCGUGCCCGACGUCGACCUGAACCUCAACGGUGCCAAGGUGAGGGGCGACCUCGACGCCUCCGUCCCCGCUUUGGAGGGGCCCCAACUGGAGCUCAAAGGCCCCAGAGUUGACGUCGGGAGCCCAGACCUGGAUGUCCAAAGUCCCGAGGGCAAACUGAAGUUCCCCAAGCUGAAAAUGCCCAAAUUUGGGGCGAAGGGAGACACCCCCGAGGUCGAGGUGGCCCUUCCAAAGGGCAAAGCGGACGUUUCCUGUCCCGGCGUCGACGUGCCGAGCGUGGACAUCCACGGGCCCGAGGGGAAGCUGAAGGGCCCCAAGGUGAAGGUGCCCGAGAUGAGCAUCAAGACCCCCCAGAUCUCGAUGCCCGACAUCGACCUGAACCUCAAAGGUCCCAAAGUGAAGGGAGACCUGGAUGUUUCCGCCCCCAAGCUGGAAGGGGAGCUGAAAGCCCCCGGGCUCGACAUCAAAGGCCCCAGAGUCGACGUUGAAGUGCCCGACCUGGACGUCCAAGGUCCUGAGGGCAAACUGAAGUUCCCCAAGCUGAAAAUGCCCAAAUUUGGGGUGAAGGGAGAGACCCCCAACGUCGAGGUGACUCUUCCCAAGGGGGAGGUGGACAUUUCUGCCCCCAAAGUGGACAUUUCUGCCCCCAAAGUGGACAUUUCUGGCCCCAAGGUUGACCUGAAGGGCCCCAAGGUGGACGUUUCUGGCCCCAAGGUGGACGUCGAUGUCCCGAGCGUGGACAUCGAAGGGCCAGAAGUGAAAGGAAAAGGUCUCAAGUUUAAAAUGCCCGAACUGAACGUUCAGACCCCAAAACUGUCCAUGCCAGACGUGGAUCUGGGGUUGAAGGUCCCAAAACUGAAGGGGGACGUGGCAAUUUCUGGCCCGAAGAUCUCCGGGGAUCUGAAGGGCCCCAAAAUAGACGUGGAGGGUCCCAAGGUGGACGUGAAAGGCCCCAAAAUAGACGUGAAAGGUCCCAAGGUGGAUGUGGAAGUUCCCAGGAUGGACGCGGAAGGUCCCAAAGUGGAUGUUGAGAUGCCGGAGGUGGACUUGGAAUGCCCAGAAGGGAAGAUAAAAGGCCCCAAAUUUAAGAUGCCGAAACUGAACAUUAAGUCGCCCAAAAUCUCGGUGCCGGACGUGGAUUUGAACCUGAAGGGCCACAAAGUGAAGGGAGAGAUGGACGUUUCCCUCCCGAAGGUAGAAGGUGAGGUCAAGGGGCCCAAAAUCGACGUGGAGGUCCCGGACGCAAACCUGGAGGGUCCGGAGGCCAAACUGAAAAUGCCCAAAAUGAAACUGCCCCAUUUCCACGUGUCCGGCCCCAAACUGGAGGGAGCCGAGGUCGAUGUGAACCUGCCCAAAGCAGAGCUGGAGGUGGCUGGGCCGGAGGUGGACGUCGAGGGGCCGGAGGUGGACGUGGGAGGCGCGGAAGGCAAAUGGAAAGGUCCCAAAUUCCGGAUGCCGAAGCUGAACAUCAAAACGCCCAAAAUCUCGAUGCCGGACGUGGAUUUGAACCUGAAGGGCCCCAAAGUGAAAGGAGAGGUGGAUGUGGCAACUCCCAAGGUCGAAGGGGACUGGAAAGGGCCAGAAAUGGAGGUGAAGGGGCCGAAGGUGGAUGUUGAGGUGCCCAACCUGGACGUGGAGCUGCCCGAGGGGAAGGUGAAGGGCCCCAAGUUCAAGAUGCCCGAGAUGCACUUUAAGACCCCCAAGAUCUCGAUGCCCGACAUCGACCUGAACCUGAAGGGCCCCAAAGUGAAGGGAGACGUGGAUGUGUCAGUGCCAAACCUGGAAGGUGACCGGAAGGGCCCUGAACUGGACAUCAAGGGCCCCAAAGUUGACAUUGAUGCCCCCGAUGUGGACAUUCACGGCCCAGAGGGGAAGUUCAAGAUGCCCAAGUUCAAGAUGCCCAAGUUUGGGAUGCCCGGGGUCAAGGCUGAAGGCCCCGAGGUGGACGUGACCCUGCCGACAGGAAACCUGGAUGUGUCCGGUCCCAAGGUGGACAUUGAAGGUCCAGAGGUGGACGUUGAGCUGCCCGAGGGGAAGGUGAAGGGCCCCAAGUUCAAGAUGCCUGAGAUGCAUUUUAAGGCCCCCAAGAUCUCGAUGCCCGAUGUCGACUUCAACGUGAAGGGCCCCAAGAUCAAGGGUGAUCUUGAUGUGUCUGUUCCCAAACUGGAAGGUGACCUGAAGGGCCCAGACAUUGACCUCAAAGGCCCCAAAGUCGACGUUGACCUUCCUGACGUUGAGCUGGAAGGGCCUGAAGGAAAAUUGAAGGGCCCCAAGUUCAAGAUGCCCGAGAUGAACAUCAAGGCCCCCAAAAUCUCCAUGCCUGACGUCGACUUCAACCUGAAGGGCCCCAAAAUCAAGGGAGACCUCGAUGUGUCUGUCCCUAAGCUGGAAGGUGACCUGAAGGGCCCUGAACUGGACAUCAAGGGUCCCAAGGUGGACAUCGAGGCCCCUGACGUGGACAUUCACGGCCCAGAGGGGAAGUUCAAGAUGCCCAAGUUCAAGAUGCCCAAGUUUGGGAUGCCCGGGGUCAAGGCUGAAGGCCCCGAGGUGGACGUGACCCUGCCGACAGGAAACCUGGAUGUGUCCUGUCCCAAGGUGGACAUUGAAGGUCCAGAGGUGGAUGUUGAGCUGCCCGAGGGGAAGGUGAAGGGCCCCAAGUUCAAGAUGCCCGAGAUGCACUUUAAGACCCCCAAGAUCUCGAUGCCCGACAUCGACCUGAACCUGAAGGGCCCCAAAGUGAAGGGAGACGUGGAUGUGUCAAUGCCAAAGCUGGAAGGUGACCUGAAGGGCCCUGAACUGGACAUCAAGGGCCCCAAGGUGGACAUCGAGGCCCCUGACGUGGACAUUCACGGCCCAGAGGGGAAGUUCAAGAUGCCCAAGUUCAAAAUGCCCAAGUUUGGGAUGAAGGGAGAAGGCCCCGAGGUGGACGUGACCCUGCCCAAGGGGGACGUUGAUGUUUCCCUGCCCAAGGUGGACGUGGAGAUGCCAAGUGUGGACAUUGAAGGUCCUGAGGGGAAACUGAAAGGCCCCAAGUUCAAGAUGCCCGAGAUGAACAUCAAGGCCCCCAAAAUCUCGAUGCCCGACAUCGACCUGAACCUGAAGGGCCCCAGAGUGAAGGGGGGGGUCGAUGUCUCUGCUCCCAAACUGGAAGGUGACCUGAAAGGUCCGGAGGUGAAUAUUAAAGGUCCAAAGUUGGAUGUCGAUGUUCCCGAUGUCGACGUUGAAGGUCCCGAGGGGAAAUGGAAAGGACCCAAGAUAAAAAUGCCAGAGAUGAACAUCAAGGCGCCAAAAUUUUCCAUGCCCGACAUAGACCUCAACUUGAAGGGUCCCAAACUGAAGGGGGACGUGGACGUUUCUGCCCCAAAAAUAGAGGGUGACGUGAAAGUGCCAGAUCUGGAGCUGAAAGGACCCAAAGUAAACGUGGAUGUUCCUGACGUUGAACUUGAGGUCCCAGAGGGGAAGAUCAAGGGCCCCAAGUUCAAGAUGCCCGAGAUGAACAUCAAGGCCCCCAAAAUCUCGAUGCCGGACUUUGAUCUGAACCUGAAGGGCCCCAAAGUGAAGGGGGAUGUGGACGUGUCUCUUCCCAAACUGGAAGGAGACCUGAAAGGUCCUGAAGUUGAUCUCAAGGGCCCCAAAGUUGAUGUCAACCUUCCUGACGUUGAGCUGGAAGGGCCUGAGGGGAAGGUGAAGGGCCCCAAGUUCAAGAUGCCCGAGAUGCAUUUUAAAGCCCCCAAAAUCUCGAUGCCGGACUUUGAUCUGAACCUGAAGGGCCCCAAAGUCAAGGGGGACGUGGACGUUUCAGUCCCAAAAAUUGAAGGGGAUUUGAAGGGCCCAGACCUCGACAUCAAGGGCCCCAAACUGGAUGUCAACGUCCCCGACGUCGACCUCGAGUGUCCAGAAGCGAAGUUGAAGGGCCCCAAGUUCAAGAUGCCCGAAAUGCACUUCAAAACCCCCAAGAUCUCGAUGCCUGACAUCGAUUUGAACCUGAAAGGCCCCAAACUGAAGGGAGAUGUUGACAUUUCCGCCCCCAAACUGGAGGGGGACCUGAAGGGUCCAGAGGUGGAUGUCAAAGGCCCUAAACUGGACAUCGAAGCUCCUGACGUGGACAUUGAGCUGCCCGAGGGGAAGGUGAAGGGCCCCAAGUUCAAGAUGCCCGAGAUGCACUUCAAGGCUCCCAAAAUCUCGAUGCCGGACUUUGAUCUGAACCUGAAGGGCCCCAAAGUGAAGGGGGACGUCGAUGUGUCCCUGCCCAAGGGGGAAGGUGACCUGAAGGGGCCAGAGGUUUCACUGAAGGGCCCCAAAGUGGACAUUGAGGCUCCAGACGUUGAGCUGGAAUGUCCAGAGGGGAAGGUGAAGGGCCCCAAGUUCAAGAUGCCCGAGAUGAACAUCAAGGCCCCCAAAAUCUCAAUGCCGGACUUUGAUCUGAACCUGAAGGGCCCCAAAGUCAAGGGGGACGUCGAUGUGUCCCUGCCCAAGGUGGAAGGUGACUUGAAAGCCCCAGACAUCGACAUCAAGGGCCCCAAAGUCAACGUCGACCUUCCUGAUGUUGAGUUGGAAGGACCUGAGGGCAAGAUCAAAGGCCCCAAGUUCAAGAUGCCCGAGAUGAACAUCAAGGCCCCCAAAAUCUCGAUGCCCGACAUCGACUUCAACCUGAAGGGCCCCAAGGUGAAAGGAGACGUGGAUGUGUCAAUGCCAAAGCUGGAAGGUGACCUGAAGGGCCCUGAACUGGACAUCAAGGGCCCCAAGGUGGACAUCGAGGCCCCUGACGUGGACAUUCACGGCCCAGAGGGGAAGUUCAAGAUGCCCAAGUUCAAAAUGCCCAAGUUUGGGAUGAAGGGAGAAGGCCCCGAGGUGGACGUGAACCUGCCCAAGGGGGACGUUGAUGUUUCCCUGCCCAAGGUGGACGUGGAGAUGCCAAGUGUGGACAUUGAAGGUCCCGAGGGGAAACUGAAAGGUCCCAAGUUCAAGAUGCCCGAGAUGAACAUCAAGGCCCCCAAAAUCUCGAUGCCCGACAUCGACCUGAACCUGAAGGGCCCCAAAGUGAAAGGGGGAGUCGAUGUCUCUGUUCCCAAACUGGAAGGUGACCUGAAGGGCCCAGACAUUGACAUCAAAGGCCCCAAAGUUGACAUUGACCUUCCCGAUGUUGAGCUGGAAGGGCCUGAAGGAAAACUGAAGGGCCCCAAGUUCAAGAUGCCCGAGAUGAACAUCAAGGCCCCCAAGUUCUCCAUGCCCGACGUCGACUUCAACCUGAAGGGCCCCAAGAUCAAGGGAGAUGUUGAUGUGUCACUCCCUAAACUGGAGGGUGACCUGAAGGGCCCAGACAUUGACAUCAAGGGCCCCAAGGUGGACAUCGAGGCCCCUGACGUGGACAUUCACGGCCCAGAGGGCAAAAUCAAAAUGCCCAAGUUCAAGAUGCCCAAAUUCGGGUUUUCUGGCCCCAAAGUUGAAGGCCCCGAGGUGGAUGUGACCCUGCCGACAGGAAACCUGGAUGUGUCCGGUCCCAAGGUGGACAUUGAAGGUCCAGAGGUGGAUGUUGAGCUGCCCGAGGGGAAGGUGAAGGGCCCCAAGUUCAAGAUGCCCGAGAUGCACAUCAAGGCCCCCAAAAUCUCAAUGCCCGAUGUUGACUUCAACCUGAAGGGCCCCAAAGUGAAGGGGGAUGUGGAUGUUUCCCUUCCCAAACUGGAAGGUGACCUGAAGGGCCCAGACAUCGACCUCAAAGGCCCCAAAGUCGACGUUGACCUUCCCGAUGUUGAGCUGGAAGGGCCUGAAGGAAAAUUGAAGGGCCCCAAGUUCAAGAUGCCCGAGAUGCACAUCAAGGCCCCCAAGAUCUCCAUGCCCGACGUCGACUUCAACCUGAAGGGCCCCAAGAUCAAGGGAGACGUCGAUGUGUCACUCCCUAAACUGGAGGGUGACCUGAAGGGCCCUGAACUGGACAUCAAGGGCCCCAAGGUGGACAUCGAGGCCCCUGACGUGGACAUUCACGGCCCAGAGGGCAAAAUCAAAAUGCCCAAGUUCAAGAUGCCCAAAUUCGGGUUUUCUGGCCCCAAAGUUGAAGGCCCCGAGGUGGACGUGACCCUGCCCGAUGCCGAUGUCUCUCUUUCGGGUCCAAAGGUCGAUGUUUCCCUUCCAGACCUGGACAUCGAAGGACCUGAAGGAAAACUGAAGGGCCCCAAGUUCAAGAAGCCUGAACUGCAGUUCAACGUCCCCAAAAUCUCGAUGCCCGACAUCGACCUGAACCUGAAGGGCCCCAAACUGAAGGGGGACGUUGAUGCUUCCCUUCCCAAAAUCGAGGGUGAGCUGAAAGGCCCCAAGUUGGACAUCAAAGGGCCGGAGCUCGAGGUCGAGGGGCUGAAGGUUGAUCUGGAAGGAAAAGCUAAAAAAUCCAGGUUCAAACUCCCCAAAUUUGGCUUCUCUGGCCCCAAAGUUCAAAGCCCUGAGGUGGAUGUGAAGCUGAAGAAACCCGAGGUGGAAGUGUCUGGUCCCAAAGUCGAGGUUCAGGCUCCGGAUUUGGACGUCCAGGCGAAAUCCAAAGGCUCCAAGUUCAAAAUGCCUUUCCUGAAUAUUUCCUCCCCCAAAGUGUCGAUGCCGGACGUGGAACUGAACCUGAAAGGGCACAAAAUGAAAGGGGAGCUGGACCUGUCCGGCCCCAAACUGGAAGGGGAACUGAAGGGCCCCGAGCUGGACAUCAAAGGCCCCAAGGUGGACAUCGAGGCCCCUGAUGUGGACAUUCACGGGCCAGAGGGAAAAAUCAAAAUGCCCAAGUUCAAGAUGCCCAAAUUUGGGCUCAAGGGGGAGGGGCCAGAGGUGGACGUGAACCUGCCGGCGGGAGAGCUGGACGUGUCCAGUCCCAAGGUGGACAUUGAAGGUCCAGAGGUGGAUGUUGAGCUGCCCGAGGGGAAGAUCAAAGGCCCCAAGUUCAAGAUGCCCGAGAUGAACAUCAAGGCCCCCAAAAUCUCGAUGCCCGACAUUGACCUGAACUUGAAGGGCCCCAAAGUGAAGGGGGACGUGGACGUGUCCCUCCCCCAGGUGGAUCUAAAAGGACCCGAAGUGGACGUUCCCGACCUUGACGUCGAAGGGCCCAAAGGAAAAAUUAAAGGCCCCAAAUUUAAAAUGCCCGAGAUGAACAUCAAGGCCCCCAACUUGUCCAUGCCAGACCUGGACCUGAGCCUGAAAGGUCCCAAGCUGAAAGGGGGGGUGGACGUUGAUCUGUCGGCCCCAAAACUCGAAGGCGACGUGAACGUGCCGGACAUCGACAUCAAAGGCCCCAAAGUGGACAUUGAGGGACCAGAGGUGGACAUUGAAGGACCUGAGGGGAAGAUCAAGGGCCCCAAGUUCAAGAUGCCUGAGAUGCACAUCAAGGCCCCCAAAAUCUCCAUGCCUGACGUCGACUUCAACCUGAAGGGCCCCAAAGUGAAGGGGGAUGUGGAUGUUUCUCUUCCCAAACUAGAAGGUGACCUGAAAGGCCCUGAACUGGACAUCAAGGGUCCCAAGGUGGACAUCGAGGCCCCCGACGUGGACAUUCACGGCCCAGAGGGGAAGUUCAAGAUGCCCAAGUUCAAGAUGCCCAAGUUUGGGAUGCCCGGGGUCAAGGCUGAAGGCCCCGAGGUGGACGUGACCCUGCCGACAGGAAACCUGGAUGUGUCCGGUCCCAAGGUGGACAUUGAAGGUCCAGAGGUGGAUGUUGAGCUGCCCGAGGGGAAGGUGAAGGGCCCCAAGUUCAAGAUGCCUGAGAUGCAUUUUAAGACCCCCAAGAUCUCGAUGCCUGAUGUCGACUUCAACCUGAAGGGCCCCAAAGUGAAGGGGGAUGUGGAUGUUUCCCUUCCCAAACUGGAAGGUGACCUGAAGGGCCCAGACAUCGACCUCAAGGGCCCCAAAGUCGACGUUGACCUUCCCGAUGUUGAGCUGGAAGGGCCCGAGGGGAAGGUGAAGGGUCCCAAGUUCAAGAUGCCCGAGAUGCAUUUUAAGGCCCCCAAAAUCUCGAUGCCUGACUUUGAUCUGAACCUGAAGGGCCCCAAAGUCAAGGGGGACGUCGAUGUGUCCCUGCCCAAGGUGGAAGGUGACCUGAAGGUGCCGAAGGUGGAUGUUAAAGGUCCUGAGUUGGAUGUUUCUGCCCCAGAUGUUCAAAUUGAGGGCCCAGAAGGGAAGAUCAAGGGCCCCAAGUUCAAGAUGCCCGAGAUGAACAUCAAAACCCCUAAAAUCUCAAUGCCGGACUUUGAUCUGAACCUGAAGGGCCCCAAAGUCAAGGGGGAUGUGGAUGUUUCCCUUCCCAAACUGGAAGGUGACCUGAAAGCCCCAGACAUCAACAUCAAGGGCCCCAAAGUCGAUGUCGACCUUCCUGAUGUUGAGCUGGAAGGACCUGAGGGGAAGGUGAAGGGCCCCAAGUUCAAGAUGCCCGAGAUGAACAUCAAGGCCCCCAAAAUCUCGAUGCCCGACAUCGACCUGAACCUGAAGGGCCCCAACGUGAAGGGAGACGUGGAUGUGUCUCUUCCCAAGGUGGAAGGUGAUUUGAAAGGUCCUGAAAUUGAUAUUAAAGGCCCGAAAGUUGAUGUUAAUCUUCCUGAUGUUGAACUGGAAGGGCCUGAGGGAAAAUUGAAGGGCCCCAAGUUCAAGAUGCCCGAGAUGAACAUAAAAGCCCCCAAGUUCUCCAUGCCUGACGUUGACUUCAACCUGAAGGGCCCCAAGAUCAAGGGAGACGUCGAUGUCUCUGUCCCUAAACUGGAAGGUGACCUGAAAGGCCCUGAACUGGACAUCAAGGGCCCCAAGGUGGACAUCGAGGCCCCUGACGUGGACAUUCACGGCCCAGAGGGGAAGUUCAAGAUGCCCAAGUUCAAGAUGCCCAAGUUUGGGUUUUCUGGCCCCAGAGUUGAAGGCCCCGAGGUGGACGUGACCCUGCCAACAGGAAACCUGGAUGUGUCCGGUCCCAAGGUGGACAUUGAAGGUCCAGAGGUGGAUGUUGAGCUGCCCGAGGGGAAGGUGAAGGGCCCCAAGUUCAAGAUGCCCGAGAUGCACAUCAAGGCCCCCAAAAUCUCGAUGCCCGACAUCGACCUGAACCUGAAGGGCCCCAAAGUGAAAGGGGGAGUCGAUGUCUCUGUUCCCAAACUGGAAGGUGACCUGAAGGGCCCAGACAUUGACCUCAAGGGCCCCAAAGUUGACAUUGACCUUCCCGAUGUUGAGCUGGAAGGGCCUGAAGGAAAACUGAAGGGCCCCAAGUUCAAGAUGCCCGAGAUGCACAUCAAGGCCCCCAAAAUCUCCAUGCCCGACGUCGACUUCAACCUGAAGGGCCCCAAGAUCAAGGGAGAUGUUGAUGUGUCACUCCCUAAACUGGAGGGUGACCUGAAGGGCCCAGACAUUGACAUCAAGGGCCCCAAGGUGGACAUCGAGGCCCCUGACGUGGACAUUCACGGCCCAGAGGGCAAAAUCAAAAUGCCCAAGUUCAAGAUGCCCAAAUUCGGGUUUUCUGGCCCCAAAGUUGAAGGCCCCGAGGUGGACGUGACCCUGCCGACAGGAAACCUGGAUGUGUCUGGUCCCAAGGUGGACAUUGAAGGUCCAGAGGUGGAUGUUGAGCUGCCCGAGGGGAAGGUGAAGGGCCCCAAGUUCAAGAUGCCCGAGAUGCACAUCAAGGCCCCCAAAAUCUCGAUGCCUGACGUUGAUCUGAACCUGAAGGGCCCCAAAGUGAAGGGGGAUGUGGACGUGUCACUGCCAGGAGUCGAAGGAGAACUGAAGGGUCCCGAGGUCGGUGUCGCCGCCCCUGACGUCCACAUCGACAGCCCAGAGGGCAAAUUCAAACUCCCCAAAUUCAAGAUGCCCAAGUUUUCCAUGCCUGGAUUUAAAGGGGAGGGGCCAGAGGUGGACGUGACCCUCCCGAAGGGCGACAUCAACAUUUCGGGCCCUGGCGUGGACGUGGAGGCUCCUGAUCUGAGCAUGGGCGGGAAAGUCAAAGGUCCCAAAUUCUCCAUGCCUGAGAUGCACAUCAAGGCCCCCAAAAUCUCCAUGCCCGACGUCGACUUCAACAUCAAAGGGCCCCACCUGAAAGGAGACAUCGACGUGUCGGCCCCCAGGCUGGAGGGGGACCUCCAAGCCCCCCAGAUCGACGUGAAAGGCCCCAAAAUCGACGUUGAGGCUCCCGAUGUGACCCUGGAAGGGCCCGAAGGGAAACUCAAAGGCCCCAAGUUCAAGAUGCCCGAGAUGAACAUCAAGGCCCCCAAGUUCUCCAUGCCCGACAUCGACCUCAACCUGAAGGGCCCCAAGGUCAAGGGUGACAUGGGCGUGGCGGCGCCAGCGCUGGAGGGGAACCUGCAGUGCCCAGACCUCGACAUCAAAGGCCCCAAACUGGACAUUCAGGCCCCAGAGGUGACCGUGGAAGGGCCCAAGAUCAAGAUGCCCGAAAUGCACGUCAAGACCCCCCAGAUUUCCAUGCCUGACAUCGACUUGAACUUGAAGGGCUUGAAGGGCAAAGUUGAUGCUGAAUUCCACGGCCCGAAGCUCGAGGGGGGUCUGAAGGGCCCCGAGGUCGAUAUCAAGGGGCCCAAAGUCGACAUCGAGGGCCCGGCGGUCGACGUCGACGGUCUGGAGGGAAAAGUGAAGCUGCCCAAAAUGAAAAUGCCCAAAUUCGGUUUCAAAGGGGAAGGUCCCGACGUGGACGUGAACCUGCCGAAGGCCGAGGUGGAGCUUUUGGGCCCCAAGGUGGACCUCGACGUCCCAGAGGUGAGCCUGGAGGGGCCAGAGGGCAAAGUGAAAGGUCCUAAGCUGAAAAUGCCCGAAAUGCACGUGAACAUCCCCAAAAUCUCCAUGCCCGAGAUAGACUUGAGCUUGAAAGGCCACAAAACCAAGGGGGGCUUUGACCUUUCGGCCCCGAAGGUGGAAGGUCACCUGAAAGGGCCCGAGGUCGACCUGAAAGGCCCAGAAUUUGGGGUCAAAGGCCCCGAAGUCGACGUCGAAUGUCCGGACCUGAGCGUCGAGGGCCCCGAGGCCAACGUCAAACUUCCCAAGUUUAAGAAGUCCAAGUUUGGGUUCGGGAUGAAAAGCCCGAAGGCCGAAGUGGAUUUACCCGAGGUGGAGCUGAGCCUGGAGUCACCCGACGUCAACCUGUCCGGAAAGGGCAAGAAGAGCAAAUUCAAGAUGCCCAAAAUCCACAUGAGUGGCCCCAAAGUGAAAGGGAAGAAGGGGGCGUUCGACGUGAACGCGGCCGGGGCGGAGCUGGACGCGGAUCUCAACGUCGCCGGCCCCGACGUGACCGUCAAAGGCGACGCCGCCGUGAAGUCCCCCAAGGGGAAGAAACCCAUGUUCGGCAAAAUCUCCUUCCCGGAUGUCGAGUUCGACCUGAAAUCGCACCGGUUCCGAGGGGAGGCGUCCGCGGGGGUCCCGAAAAUCGAGGGGGAGCUCAAAGCACCGGAUCUGGAAGUUUCCGUGCCCGCGGUCAAAGGGGACGUCAAGGGGCCGAGUCUCAGCGUGGACCUUGAAGCUCCCGAUGUGAACCUGAAGUCCCCGAAGCUCAAACUCCCUGGGGGGCAGGUGGGUGUGGGGGACGGGAAAGUCGGGGGGGACCUGAAGGGCCCCGGGGUCGAGGUGGCCGUUCCCUCGCUGCCGGAUUUCAGCCUGAAAGGACCAAAGGUAAAAGGCGAAGUCGGCGUUUCCGGAGCAGAACUGGAAGGUCCCGAGGGAAAACUGGGAUGGCCCAAAGGGGGGAAAGGGGGUCUGGGGCUGGAAAUGCCGGAUGUGAACUUGGAUGUGUCGGUGCCGGGCGUGGGGGGGAGCGGGAGCCUCCCGUCAGCCGACGUGAAGCUCAGAGGGCCCCAAAUCUCCGGCCCUGAGUUUGAGGGAAACCUGAAAGGACCAAAAUUAAAGGGAGAGUUGGAUGUCUCGGGCUCCGUGGAAGGGCCGAACGUCACCCUGGGCACGCCCAGCGUUGACCUCAGAGGUUUGGGGGGGAAGAUGAAGCUGCCCAAGGUGCCGGAUCUGAGCGCCAAGGGGGGCGUUUCCUGCUCCGUCCCAAAAGUGGAGGUGGGCUCCCAGUCCCCCGGGGCCAACUUCGCCGUCUCUGCCCCGGAUUUGGACGUCAACCUGAAAGGACCAAAGUUGAAAGGAGAUUUCGGCGUCAAAUCCCCCAAAACAUCCGCGGACGCCGACUUCGAAAUCCUCGGGGGCACCAUCAAACUCCCGUCCCUGAAACUCCCCCAGUUCGGCGUCUCCGGCCCUGGCGUGGAGGGAGGGGACGCGGGGGUCGCUCUGGAAGGUCCCCAGGUGAAGGGGGGGCUGAAGGGCUCUGCUCUGGGGCUGGAAGGGCCCGACGUGGAGCUGAAAGGGCCGAAAUUCCAGGCGUCGCCUCCCGGAGUCCCCACGCCGGACGUUGACCUGAGGCUGAAAGGACCAAACGUGGACGUGUCCGGUGACAUCAAAGGCCCAAAGGUCGGCGUGGAGGCCCCUCGCGUGGAGCUGACGAAGGCGGGGACGGGCGUCCACCUCGACGCUCCCGCCCUGGAAGUUUCCGGCUCGGGGUUGAACGUCAACGUGAAAGGGCCGAAGGUCAAGGGCGGGGCCGAGGUCGGGGGCGGAACCUUCCACCUGUGCGGCCCCAAGGUGGGCGCGGCGGGUCCCGAGGGCGGCCAGGUCAAGGUGUCCUUCCCCAAGCUGCGGAUGCCCAAGUUCGUGUUCUCCGACCCCGAGGCCAAGGGCCGGGAGGUGGGAGUGGACGUCGAGUUCCCGGGGGCCGACGUGGCCGCGGCGGCCGAGCCGGAGCCGGACGACGCCGACGGGAGGCUCAAGAAACCCAAACUCAAGAUGCCCAAGUUCAACUUCUCCAAGCAGAAAGGGCGGGGAGGCGGCGGCGACCCCGCGUCCCCCGAAGCGUCGGGGUCCGUCUCGGGUUCCAGGGGGGACCUGAAGAGCUCCAAGGCGAGCCUGGGCUCCGCCGAGGGCGACGCCGAGGCCGAGGCGCCGUCGGCCAAGGGCAAGUUCUCCCUGUUCCGCAGCAAGAAGCCGCGGGCGCGCUCGUCGUCCUUCAGCGACGACGCCUCGGCCGCGCGCGGCCCCGAGGCCGAUCCCAAAGCGCCCAAGGUGAAAUUCGGGACCUUCGGGGGCAUCGGCUCCAAGAGCAAAGGUUGUUACGAGGUGACGGCGAGCGACGAGGAGCCGGGGCGGGCGCAGGGCGGGGUGGGGGCGACCCUGGGCCCCCCCAAAUCCCGCUUGUCCUCGUCCUCCUCCUCCUCGGAGGGCGGGCCGCGCGGCCCCGGCGCGGAGCUGACGGUGGCCAAGCGCAAGGAGUGAGGGGGUUGUACAUAGUCCCGGGCGGGGGGGCCCCCGCGUGUACAGAGGGGGGGUUGGGGGUCCCCCAAAUUCGGGGAGGGGCGAGAGGGGGGGUCCCUCCGUUCGUGUAGGACCCACCCGGAGUUCCCCUUCCCUUCCCUGCCAUCCCUUUUUUGAUAUUUUUAUUGGGUUUUUUUCCC